CGCUUCCCUUUUCGGCAUCCCGCCCUGCCUUGCUAGCUGACGUCCGCCACAAGUCACAAUGGCCCGGGCGGGCAGGAGAGCACAGCGCCCCCGCCGGCUGCAGAGCGGCAGCGGCGCAGGCGGGGCAGGUCACCAUGCGCCCGGCAGCGGCAGCAAUUCCUUCCCUCCCCUCCGGCUGCACUUUUCCAGGCGCUUAGGAACAACGGGCGGAGGCGGGCGGGCGCCCACGCGGGGAGGAGCUGCAGCGUGACGCACAAGGAGAGCCCCGCAGGGAGGAUUCCCUCGGAGACAAAAUGGAAAGAAUGCCUGUCCCGGGCUGCUGCAAGAUGUCAAAGGAGGAGAAAGCGGCCAAAGCACUGCCCCACUCGUCUACACGCAAACCCAAGAAGCAGUUUCCAGUCGCUCUGGGCUAUAAGAUGGAACAGGCUUUAGCCUCUGAAUAUGUCCCUGUGGUCAUACACCCUGGGGGACAAAAACCGGAGGCUCUCAGCUUUGCUUUCUACAACCCAAACUACUCCAAUUCGUACAUGCCGUUCUACACUUUGCAAAAGCCAACAUGUGGUUACCGGUAUUGCCGAGACACAGACCACAGAAGAAGGGUGCUGGAUGUUGAGCGGGUGAAUCUUCCCAAGUGGAGAAGCAUUGUGGGGAAGAAACCAGGGUUGUCCUCUGUUGCCUCAAAACAAUGAAACGGCUGUGCACAAAGGCUGAGACUCUCAUUUAUAAGGGUGUUCUAUCUGGAGUCUGUUCAGCUCGAUCAUUCCCCAAAAGCACCCAGAGGAGAUGUUGCAGAAGCUUCUGAAGAAACAGGUCUGCCUUCCCCAAGAGCUUCUGGAACGCAUUCAAACCAUCAUAAUCCAAGUUCUGCAACAGAGGUUACCAUGCCAGCCUAAAGCUGGCACUCUAAAUCAAGGCCCAUACUGAGUAGAAACAAUAAAAGGGGCUGACUUUUACUCUUUUGACAUGA